GGGUCACGCUGGCUUCCGCUCUGUCGCUCUCAAUUCGUCACCCGGAGGAAGACGGAGCAGGCUGCCCAGCCCGAGGGCCCAUUAAGGGAUGCAGUUAUGGGCGCUGUCGCCGUGGAUUGUUAUUUUGUGUCAGUAAGUAAUCCAUAAAGUGCCAACAUGGGAAAGAAACGGACAAAGGGAAAAACUGUUCCAAUUGAUGAUUCUUCUGAAUCUUUAGAACCUAUGUGCAGACACAUUAGAAAAGGAUUGGAACAAGGUAAUUUGAAAAAGGCUUUAGUGAAUGUGGAAUGGAACAUUUGCCAAGAUUGUAAGACAGACAAUAAAGUAAAAGAUAAAUCUGAAGAAGAAACGGAAGAAAAUUCUUCAGUUUGGCUGUGUCUUAAAUGUGGCCAUCAGGGCUGCGGCAGAAAUUCUCAGGAGCAGCAUGCCUUGAAGCACUAUAUGACGCCGAGAUCUGAACCUCAUUGUCUGGUUCUUAGUUUGGACAACUGGAGUGUAUGGUGUUACCUAUGUGAUGAUGAGGUCCAGUAUUGUAAUUCAAACCGAUUGGGUCAGGUGGUUGAUUAUGUUAGAAAACAAGCCGGUAUUACAGCUCCAAAAUCAGCAGCAAAAGAUAGUGGUAAUAUUGAACUUGAAAAUAAAAAACUAGAAAAGGAGAGUAAAAAUGAACAAGAGAGAGAAAAAAAGGAAAACGUGGCUAAAGAAAAUCCUUCCAUGAAUUCUACUUCCCAAAUAACUGUGAAAGGACUCAGUAAUUUGGGAAAUACAUGUUUCUUCAAUGCAGUUAUGCAGAAUUUGUCACAAACACCCGUGCUUAGAGAACUACUAAAAGAAGUAAAAAUGUCUGGAACAAUUGUAAAAAUUGAACCACCUGAUUUGGCAUUAACAGAACCCUUAGAAAUAAACCUUGAGCCUCCAGGCCCUCUUACUUUAGCCAUGAGCCAGUUUCUUAAUGAGAUGCAAGAGACCAAAAAGGGAAUCGUGACACCUAGAGAACUCUUUUCUCAGGUCUGUAAAAAAGCAGUGCGAUUUAAAGGCUAUCAGCAGCAAGACAGCCAGGAGCUGCUUCGCUAUUUAUUGGAUGGAAUGAGAGCAGAAGAACAUCAAAGAGUGAGUAAAGGAAUUCUUAAAGCAUUUGGUAAUUCUACUGAAAAAUUGGAUGAAGAGCUAAAAAAUAAAGUUAAAGAUUAUGAAAAGAAAAAAUCAGUACCAAGUUUUGUGGACCGAGUAUUUGGUGGUGAACUAACUAGUACAAUCAUGUGUGAUGAAUGCAGAACUGUCUCCUUGGUUCAUGAAUCGUUCCUUGAUUUGUCUCUACCGGUUUUAGACGAUCAGAGUGGUAAGAAAAGUAUAAAUGAUAAAAAUCUGAAAAAGACCAUGGAUGAUGAAGAUAAAGAAAGUGAGGAAGAAAAAGAUAAUGACAGUUACAUAAAGGAGAGAAAUGAUAUUCUUUCAGGAACAAGUAAGCACUUACAGAAAAAAGCAAAGAAGCAAGCCAAAAAGCAAGCCAAGAACCAACGAAGGCAACAAAAAAUUCAAGGAAAGGUUCUUCAUUUAAAUGAUGUCUAUGCCAUUGACCAUCCUGAAGGUAAUGAAUGUGAAGUUGAAAUGUCACUUCAGCGAGAAGUGGAUAUUAAAUCCAACCAUAUUUCACAAGAGGAAGUUAUACAUAAAGAAUAUUGUGUUAAUCAGAAAGAUUUGAAUGGCCAUGAAAAAAUGAUAGAAAGUGUAACUGACAAUCAAAAAUCCACAGAGGAAGUAGAUAUGAAAAAUGUCAACAUGGAUAAUGAUCUGAAGGUUUUGGCAUCUCCUGCUGAAUGUACUAGGAAUUUAAAUGGUGCCUACAUGAAGGAAGGGAGCAAUGGAGAAGUGGACAUUUCCAGUGGAUUUAAGAACCUUAACUUGAAUGCUGCUCUUCAACCUGACGAAAUAAAUUUAGAGAUUCUGAAUGACGAUCAUACUCCCGGGACGAAAGUAUAUGAGGUUGUAAACGAAGAUCCAGAAACUGCUUUCUGUACUCUUGCAAACAGGGAAGCUUUCAGUACUGAUGAAUGUUCAAUCCAACAUUGUUUAUAUCAGUUCACCCGAAAUGAGAAACUUCGAGAUGCUAAUAAACUGCUUUGUGAAGUGUGCACACGGAGACAGUAUAGUGGACCAAAGGCAAAUAUAAAAGGUGAGAAGAAACACGUUUACACCAAUGCUAAGAAGCAGAUGCUAAUUUCCCUUGCUCCUCCUGUUCUCACUCUUCACUUAAAGAGAUUUCAGCAGGCUGGUUUUAACCUACGCAAAGUUAACAGACACAUAAAAUUUCCAGAAAUCUUAGAUUUGGCUCCUUUUUGUACCCUUAAAUGUAAGAUGAGGCAGAGGCCUUUAAAUGGAUGCUGAGGGUGCUACAGAAGGAGUUGAGUAUGAUUCCCAGGGCCUGAUUUGAGUGUCUGUGCAGUUGGGAGUGCCAUAAAUUGACGUAAGAAACACAGGAAGAAGAGCAGGUUGGGAGGCGGAGAAAGGAAUAAUAAUAAGUUCAGUUUUGGAAACAUUGAGUUUCAGAUAGUUUUGAGAUAUUCAUGUGGCUAUGUUUAGAAAACAUUUGGAUGUACAUGUCUGAAUAGAGGGGUUAGGGCUGGAGAUAAGGAUUCGGAAAUCAAUAAAUAGGUGGUGGUUAAAACUAUGAGAGGAUAGGAUCUCCUGUGUAAACAAGGAGAGAGAAAGAAGAGAUGCUUAAUGACAAAACUCUGGCGAGCAUCGGAGUGUAAGAGGUGUAGGUGGAAGAAGACAUCACCGAGGAUAUCAGCGAAUCUCCAUGUUGAAGAAUUUGGAGAAUAAAAGAAGCUAUACUGUUGUUCUUUAUCCAGAUUUUAAAUACUUCAGUGAAUUGUCAUUCUUUUUAUGUUACUACCAUAGGCCAGGACCACUUUUGCUGGUAUAUGCAUACUUCAGAUAUUUUGGCUUCCGUUCCAGACCACAAUAAAGCAAAUAUUGCAAUAAAGCAAGUCACACGAAUUUCUUGGUUUAGUGCAUAUAAAAGCUAUGCUUACACUGUAUUGCAACCUGUUAACUGUGUAAUAGCAUUGUGUCUAAAAAAACAGUGUGCAUAUCUUAGUUAAAAAAUAUUGCUAAAAAAUGCUAACCAUCAUCUCAGCCUUCAGUGAGUUGUAAGCUUUUUGCUGGUGGAGGGUUUGAAAUAUUUUGAGAAUUAUCUGUGACAGCGAGACACCAGGUGAGCAAAU